AAAAAGCAACGACCUACAAUCCGACCGGAAAUCUCGUCCACGCAGGUUAUUUGAGCAACAUCUCAUCUCGUGUGUGCUCCGCUCGCCGCUGGUUGUGCGGUGAAACUAAGCUGAAUGGCGGGCAGCAGGUUGGAGAAGUAUGGAACAGUUUUCACCCGGGUCCGAGAUCUGAUGCGCUCUGGAGUCAUUCAGCCGGCAAAGAAACCCAUCUGGUAUGACGUAUUCCAGGCUUUUCCACCUAAGAGGGACCCACUUCACGUGAAGCCAUACACCAGAGCCAGCUCCAAGAAACAGGAAACAGUGCCUGAUAUCUUCUACAGAGAGGAUGAAAUUAGAGCGAAGUUCUAUGAGCAGUAUGGGGCAGGUCCUCGGGCUAUUGAUCUCACCAAAUUAUCCUUUGUGUCUACGUGUCAAAGAUUUGUAGACAAAUACACAGAGUUACAGAGCCACCACGAGCUGGAAGAGUCUGCUCUGUUUGAGGAAACUGGCAAGGCUUUACUCUCAGAGGGCAUUGUGUUGAGGAGGAGAGGAGCUCAUCCGCAGGUGUCAGCAGAGUCCAUGGGUCCUGUGCUCAAGCUGAAGCUAACAGACAUGUUGGCUGAGCAGCAGUCAGUAGGUUCGGACAACAAGGAGGCAAUGGAUGACAAAACACACACACAGCCCAUAGACUCAAAAACCAUCGGAUGAGCUGCAGAAUGUCCCACACAAAGAAAUGAUGUGUGACUGACUUGAGAAGCUAUGGUUCUGUUUAUGCUCCUUUGACAUUUAUUACAACCACCACUCGUCAGGGAUUUCAACCAAGGUCAGGAACUGCUCUCUCAGGAACUGCUGUCCUAACUGGCUGAAUGCAACCUCCUUGUUUCCCCGGCUGAUGCCAUUUAGAUGUGAAUUCUCUCAGCAUCAAGUAACAUACUGUUGUCAUUAAAGGGUCUGGAAAUAGUCAAUACAUGCUAAAAAUGUGUUAUGUACUGAAUGUGUAUAUGUAUAAUAUAAUCAAAGUCCAAUUCAACAAGGACUUUCAAAAAAUGAUUACUACAGACACCUACAAAAUGCAGCAUGAAUAAAGGUUUUUUAUUUAACAAAUAA